AUGCACAGUGACAAUAGGCCAGUCAUCAGGGAGCGUCCUAUCCUGAGUAAUUAUACAGGUAUUCAUAUUGGAGAGAAAAACUUGUUAGUACAAGAAUACUACAGCUGGAAUCAUGGUUCACAUCCUAGCAAAGACCAGUGUACUCUUUUCCCAGAGGACCUCUGCAGACAUAACCAGUCUGGGGAAGACUUUGCUCAGCACUCAGAACUCGCUACCCAUCCACGUCCACCUGUUCAAGAGAAGUCUCAGAAUCGUAAAGAAGGUGGCAAAGCUUUUACUUAUAACACAACUUCUAUUCGACAGCGGAGGGCUCCAAAAAGAGAGAAGCUUUACCAAUGUGAAGAAUGUGGUAAAACCUUUAAUAAUAGUUCAAACCUCACACGACACCAGAUAAUCCACACAGGAGAGAAACCCUACCCUUGCCAAGAGUGUGGCAAAGCCUUCAAUAACGUUUCAGCCCUUAUGGGGCACCAGAUGAUCCACGCUGCAGAGAAGACCUACAAGUGUGCAGUGUGUGACAAGGCCUUUCACUUCUCCUCAUACUUUAACCAACACCAGAGGAUUCACUCAGGAGAAAAACCCAAUAAAUGUCAAGAGUGUGGAAAAGGGUUUUAUUACCGCUCAACCCUGACUCGACACCAGAUAAUUCAUACAGGCGAGAAGCCCUACAAAUGCCGAGAGUGUGACAAAGCCUUCAACAAGACCCUGACGCGACACCAGACGAUUCACGCGGGAGGGAAGCCUUACACGUGUAAAGUGUGCGAGAAAGCCUUUCACAGCUCUGCCCACUUUAACCGACACCAGAAAAUCCACUCGGAGCUGACAGCGUAUCGAUGUGAAGAGUGUAGCAAAUCCUUUAGUUAUUCUUCACGCCUUAGUCGGCAUCUGAGAAUCCACGCGCGAGAGAAGCGCUAUGUGUGUAAAGAGUGUGGCAAGGCCUCUAGCCGCUCUUCGCACCUUAACCAACACCAGAAUAUUCAUUUUGGAGAGAAACCGUACAGGUGUAAGAAAUGUGGUAGCACCUUCGCCUGUUCUUCACAGCUUCAUAAACACCGGGUAAGCCACACCGCGGAGAAGCCCUACACCUGCAAGGAAUGUGGCAAAGGCUAUCACCGUUCCUCGUCCUUUGAUCUGCACCAGAGAAUGCAUACCGGAGACAGCCUCUACAGAUGUGCAGAGUGUGGUAAGGUCUGCAACUGCGCCUCACACCUUGCCCAACACCGGAGGGUUCACACCGGAGAGAAACCGUACAGCUGCAGAGAAAGUACGGCAAAGCUUUUGGCUGUUCCUCACACCUUCACCGGCACCAUGUAACUCACAGUAGUGAGAAACCCUUCCAGUGUAGAGAGUGCAACAAGGCUUUUAAGGACAGCGCGACACUUUGUCGACACGAGAGACUUCAUACCUGAGAAAAACCCUUUAAAUGCAAAGAAUGCGGGAAAGCCUUUAACAAUUGUUCAAAUUUCAUGCGCCAUCAAAGGACUCAUAAGUGAGGGAAGCAAGACUAAAGAAUGUGGUAAAGGGAACUGGAGAGACGGCUUAUUGCUUCAGAGCCUGCAUUGCUUUUGGAGACUGAGUUUGGUUACCAGCCCCCAUACUGGGUGGCUUAGAACCUCCUAAAACUCCAACUCCUGGGAUCCAAGCCCAGCUUUGGCCUUCAAGGGCACCUGCACUCGUACGCACAUGCUCCCACACAGGCAAACACACAUCCACAUGUAAUUUAAGGAAGAGUGUGACAAAAAUGCUUAAGUAAUCAAACACCAAGCUAUAGUGGAAUGAAACUAAUAGAUUGUACUGACCAAAUUUCAACAUUUUUAUGUAAAAAAAAAUUCUUACUAGAUAGAACCUUUAUACAUGAAUUAUUAAUUUAUUUUAAUUUGUUUGGAUGCU